AUGAACACCGCACAUGCGCCCUUCUACACGAACCCGUUCGGGCCACCAGACCACGACGCCAUGAAUAUCCUCGAGAGCACGAACACUUACAACAACACACACUACACAGGCCCAGACACAAUACACUCACAGCAGCAACACCCACAACCACCACCGCAAUACACCUGGCCCCUGGCCCUCCCCGCCUCGCAAGAAGACUACGACUACCAAAUGAACAUGAACGAUCCCGCCUCCAGUUCCAGUCCCAGCCUGAGUCCAGAGCACAGCCCAGUCCACGUCCCCGUCCCACCCAACGGCCCCAUGCCCAUGGACCUUACGAGCACCGGCCCAUUCCCAAUCCCAUCAAGACGAGGACCCGCCCGACGCGCGCAGAGCCAGAGCCAGAGCCAGAGCCAAAGCCAGACGCAUGCUAGCGGCAGUGGAGUCGGACCAACCCGACACGUCCACGUCCACGCACACGGACACGGAAACGCAAACGCACCCGUACAUCAGGGACCCGGACGAGCCACUUCGACCGCAGCACUGGCAGAGACAAGCAUCCGGUGCUGGGAGCACGGGUGCGACGGGCGGCGGUUCUCGUCCGUGGGAAACUACCGGCGGCACCUGCGGGAGAAGAACGGGGUUGCGAAGGUGCAUCCGUGCCCGGACUGCGGGCGGGUGUUUACGCGCUCGACGGCGCGGAACUUCCAUCGGCAGUCGGGGAGUUGUGGGAUUGGAUUUGGGUCGGGGGUGUUUGGGUUGCAGGUGCAGAUGCAGAUGCAGAUGGGUAUGGGAAUGGGAAUGGGACUGGGUCAGGGACAGGGUCAGGGACAGGGAUCGGGCCAGCCGCUGGACUCGCUGUCGCUGUCGCAGCUGGCCUCGGCCUCGGGCUCUCAGACGGCGGUGUUCGACGUGGGCCCGCCGCUGUUUGAUCCACAUCUGCUGCAGGUGGUUGAUUGGGGGAGUGGGAGUGGGAGUGGGAGCGAGCACGGGCAUGGGCAUGGGCAUGGGCAGAUGGACCUGUAUACGGGGGCGGCUGGGGUUGUGUUUGAUCGAUGA